UUUUAAACAAGCCUAAACAUUUCACUUCGCGAAAAAUUAGACUUACCCUCGCAUCCUUCUCUCUCUCUCUCUGUCUGUCUCUCCCUCCAUACAUCUCUCUGACCCUCGCCGUGUGUCUUUCCAUCCUCACUCGCGUUUGUUAAAACUAGACAACUAUUGGGACUGGACAGAGUCAAGUUUUGGGGCUUUUUUUCUAGUUCUCGCUAAUUCAGCAAUUCUGUCAUUCAUUCGUUUUCUUCCUCACCUCACGCUCUUCCUCUGUAAACUACUGUCGCGAGCCGUUCGCGCGGAUACUGAGAGAGAGAGAGACGAACUUUGGAGCACGUGACAACAUCUGGAGCUUCAUUUAUUUAUUAAUUUAUACGCUUUUGUUUGUUUGUUUAUUUCUCUGCGUAUUUAUUUGCAACGUAUCUACUUUUUAAAAUAAGGACCUGGACAAAUAUGAAAUUGCUGGGUGACUCCUCCUCAUCGCUGCUCCUCUCGCUGCUGUUGGCUCAACUUCAUCUGUUAGCAUCUGCCUUCCCUGCCCACCACCGGCGGAUCCAGACUGACUUUGACAAGCUGACCAAUCAGACCAGACACCUUCUGAAGCUGACUCAGGAUCUACUGAAAAACCCAGUGUUUGCCACAGAGAUUGAUCACCAUAGGUUCAAGUCUCUUCCAGCGAUCAGCAGCAGAGUCAGUGACCUCACCACUCUGGAGUUCAAGUCUACACUUUCUCAGCUCUAUGCAGACUUAAAGUCCUUUGAGCACCAUUUCGAGUGGCUGAACAGAACAACACGCAAGCAGCAGCACAGCUCAGUACCAAAGCUGACAGACGUGAUCUCCCACAUUAGGAGCCUCAUAAACGCCUUACAGCGUCAGAUGACCCGAGCAGAGGCUCCCCGGAUAGCCGUUCCCUCUCCCUCUCUCCCACCUAAUCCUGCUUUUCACUGGGAGGUGGUUCAAUCCUCUCAGGAACUCCUGCAGCAGUUCAGGCUCUUCUGUGACUGGGCCUCCCGAGUGUUCCUUACCCUCAAAUCCAGAUUACCAGCAUGAGGAACCUCAGAGGCAUCACACAAAAAAAAUUGGGCCAGGACUUGAUCAUUGGCCAGAUGGACAGGCCAUAGGGAGCACCGGGACUUUUCCCAGUGGGUUGGGUCAACGUAUGCGAUAAUGGUUUUGAAAUUGUCAGGCCAUAACAUCUGAGUAACAGGAGGGAAGUUGAGUAUUUCAACUUGUCCUCUCGCAACCAUUCACAACCUACUCUUGUUCAGUCUCUUUCCAACCGCCACGGCUUUGAACUUUUAAAUUAUAAGAAUGAGAGUAAAUCUGUUCAUAAUAAAGGCACACAUAAUUAUAAAUAUUGCGUAUGGAACCAGGAAGACAAUGACUGAUU